AUGUUUAUCUCCCAGUGCUCAAACAAAGCCACACAGGAAGCAGGAACAGCCCAACAAACUCCUCUGAAUGCUUAUGAUGCCGGAUCCCAGCUGGACCACAGGGAUGCCACCCUUCGGAUAAAAGGAUCUCAACUGGACCACAGGGAAGCCACUCCCCUG